GCUUCCAUUCGGGAAGUAGCGGCAGUGGUAGGCCGUAAGUUCUUCGUAUCGAGUUGUUUCAGUUCGCGAAUGCAUUCAGCGCUUCGCGGGCCCCACUAGUUUCGGAUAAAUCGGAGCGUGGCAAGAUUUCGUGAUCGUCGAGGGUGACUCGUGUAGGGUCACUGGGAAGCAAUUAAUCGUUACGUCUCGGGAGAUCCAGCCCGUGAGGAAUUACCCGGUGCGAAUAAUGGCUGAUACGGAGGGGAAAAAGCUGACGGAGCUGCGGGUUAUAGACCUUAAAACUGAGCUGGAACGCCGUGGGCUCGACAAGACCGGCAACAAAGCUGCGCUUCUUGAGCGCCUCGCUAAAGCAAUUAGCGAGGAAGGGGGAGAUCCAGAAGAGUAUCUUAUUGUACCAUGUGGUGGAGCCCCCAAGCCUAGUCCAAGGAAAAACAGUACUGCCGGAUUAGCUAAUCAGGAUGAGUCUAUGGAUGUAUCUGACCAAGUAAAGGAAGAAAGCACAGAUAAGCCAGAUAACGCUGCUGCACCAAAGAGUAAGGAAGCAGUUACCGUCUCGGAUGAUACUACACCCAAAAAAGAACCUGAAGUUCAAAAGGCAUCGGCGAAAGAAGAUCCUAAAGAAGAAGCAAAACCUGCAUUGCAGAAAACCUCUCCACAAGUAGAGCAGACUUCUGAGAAAAAAGUGGAAGAAAACACUAAUAAGAUGGACUCUGCUGCACCUCCUGCAGCAGUCGAAGCUAAUGGUAUCGACAACGAAGAUUCAAUAAAUUUAACAAUUGGAGAAGACGAGGAAAAUCUUCUGGCCGAAGAGACGGAAACAACAGAAAAACAAAAGGAUGGAGGAGAGAAGAGAUUGCAAGAAACCGCGAAGAAGGCGGACUCCAAAGGGAGCGGCAGAGGGGAGCUCGGCAACAAGGAAGGGCUCUCAUCGGGCGCGAGCGUCGGGAUCAAGAGCAAGCAGGACGGUGUCGAUGGAGGUGGCAAGAGCAGCGACAUCGUCGGCAAAGCUCAGAAGCGAGAUGAAAAGGAGAAGAAAACCUCGCAGAUCACCGCGGCCAAUGCGAGCAGCAGGAACCUAUGGGUCUCUGGAUUGUCUUCGACUACCCGUGCCACCGACCUGAAACAGAUAUUCUCGAAAUAUGGAAAGGUGAUUGGCGCCAAAGUGGUGACGAAUGCAAGGACUCCUGGGGCGAGAUGUUACGGAUAUGUCACGAUGUCGACCAGCGAGGACGCUGCGAAAUGUAUCCAGCAUUUGCACAGAACCGAACUCCACGGCCGUGUAAUUUCUGUAGAAAAGGCGAAAGGUGACUCGCAGCAGGGUCACAUGCGUAAACGAGAUUCUAAUAACGGGAAGCCCGAGAAGAAAGAGGAGAAGGACAAGGUGAAAGAAAAGGAAGAUGUCGCCGAUAAGAAGGAGAAGGAAACGAAAAAGGAAACUGACGAGAAAGGAUCCGAAGUCGUAGCUAAGAAAUCGGAAGAAAAGGAGAAGAGCGAGACUGCGGAGGAGAAGAAGGCCGAGUCCGCGGAGAAGAAGGAUGAGGAGAAGAAAGACUCCGACGCUCGGUCAACGAAAUCUACCAGCAAGAAACCGGAAAGCGAAAGGGGCAAACGCACCGAGAAGCGAAUUCGUUCCUGGGAUCGACACCGUUCGCGAACGCGUUCACGCAGCAGAGAACGUCGUCGACGGGACGAUAUAUUAACGUUCGCAAAAAUAAGGGAGGAGCGGGAAAGGCAGAGACUGCGCGAGAGGGAACGCCUGCUCCGGGAGGAGGAUCGAAGAAGACGGGAAGACAUGGAACGGCAGCGCGAAAUCGAAAGACGUCAGAGGGAAGAGGCUGCGCGGCUGGAGAGAGAACGGGAGAAGCUGCGGCGGGAACGGGAGCGGAUCGAGCAGGAGAAGGCGGAAUUGUUGCGACUGGAACGCGAGCGGCAGAAACUCGAGAGGGAGAAAUUGGAACGCGAGAGACUGGAGCUGAAGAGGCAGCAAAUGCGUUUGGAGGAAAGUCGACGCCCUCCGCCUCCACCUUCCAUCAAGAGGCCUUCGAGCGACAGAAGGGACCCGAGAGAUCUCUACGUGGAACCGGAAAGGAAGCGAAUCACGACGGAGCAUAAUCGACGGAUCAGUCCCGACAGGGUGGCGGACAGACGUCCGGAGAUUCUGGACAGAGUCUCCGAUAGGCGUUUGGAACAAUCGCCGCCGUCUAGAUACGAAUCUACCAGAUCUUCUCAAGACAUGGGCUUGAAGAAGGAUUACAAGAGAGGCAGUGAUUUCCAAUCGCGAAGCAGCCGCCUAGACGCGUUUACUGAAGUCCCACGAACCAGAGAAGUAAUCGUACGUCGUGAACCUCUUCCUGCUCCACCGUCGUCGAUUGAUCCACGCCAGGCGAAAGAAAGAUACGAUCGGAUGUCUACCACUGCGUAUAGUCGAGAUCGCGAGGCUCGAAGAACGGAACCGGAAACGCACAGAAGUUCCAGAGAUACUCACGGACGUUACAACGAUAGCUCCAAACCACCAGGAUCAAAUACACCCCGCGAAAACCGGUACGCAGAGAACAAUCGUUCGUCCAGUGGAUGGCACUCUGGCCAAACCACCUCGAAGUCUUUCAACUCGGUGCCUAGCGGAGGUCCUCGCGAUCCUCGCAGCGAGCCCUCCACCUGGAGCGGUCGCUCCUCCGAGAACGUGAACAGGUGGAACAACUCGAGCAACAUGGGAAACACAAUGCGACACCCAGGCCCACCCAUGUACCAGGGGGGUCCGAUGCAGUCCAUGGGGAUUUCGGCCCCGGGCACGGGUCCGUCUUACGAGCGAUUCGAUCCGUACAAAUCGUCGAUGCCGAAUAUGAGGAAAUAUUAAGCGACAUCUUAUGAGGCUUUCGUAAAAGGACGCUACGUGCCGAGGGCAGAGCGAACGCGUGGGACACGUCUUUCAUGGAGGGUUUUUCCAUGGAAGAUCAACGUUUCUCCCGAAGUACGAUUUAGAUUCCCUCGAGGUUGCACGCGAGCGUAACAGGUGAUCGACUGAAACUUUAGAACCAGAGUCAACGUGUCUGCAGCUUAUCGAAUUGAUCUUUAAUCAAGCGCAAUGAACUUCAUAGCUUCCCCAGGACUCCGUUUUUAAUGCGUGUACCAUUACCUCUUCGAGCUUCUUUCCCGGCCGCUUCAAUGUGGGCCGGUCUAUCAGUUGUGCCGAUUUCACUGAAUUCAGCGAACAAUUGUUCAUAAACUUAUUACGUAGAUAAACUGCUAGGUAUUUAACGUCCUGCUCUGAAAGGAGUCGUCUCCGGGUCGACCGAUCUACGAUAGGCUUCCGUACUCGUGGAAGAGUCCUUAUUUGUGAAUGAAUGGAUGUGUCGCAUGAAUGUCGAGAUUGUCCCGCGCGUAAAUAUGAAGGCGAGUAGAUCGAUGAUCAAUUUGUUGGGAGAGAUUGUUGCAAUGCGUUCUUGAUCUUUUACACGCCGCGUUUUUUUUUUGUUUUUUUUUUUCGAGGGGGACUUACGCACAUAAGCUGCGUAGAAAACACAAUUAAGGUACGGUAAUUGUAGUAUAUAAGACCUUGAUUGAGUUCCCGCCUCAAUAUGUAUUUGGCGCGAAACUCUAUCGAGUUUCUUGAUCAUACAGUAGUACGCUCGAAUACACGGACGUUAAGAAAGAUGUAUGUCAAUGUAGACGCAUAGUGUUAUACGUGCGACGUUUAAGUAACUUUAUUCGGGUCUGUUCGGUCUUUCGGGACGGAUAUUUUCUAACGAUAACGUUAUUCGUUGCUCCAGUAAUUAUCUUAAUAUUUCUGUUCGCACGGCAACAAUGAGACUUCGACCAAAGCGAGAGAAUAAUCCACGUACGAGAGGGUGUUUCAUCGCGAUCAAACUCCGAGGGGCCGAUAAAAUAAGAGCGAACAGCUUGCAAUUAGCUGGGAUCUAUUGGAAACGUGGAAAGUUCUGAACAAUUCUCGGCCUCGUUUCCCUGUAGUCCCUUUACAAUUACACUAGAUGUUACACACAUAUAUUGGCGUGUACUGCCUUUCUUGGAUAGGAAAAUAAAAUGUUUAAAUAACACGAAUGGCCGAGACCUAUUAAAAAUUAAAAUGGGCAAAUGGGAUUUAACUAUCGGUCUUCGAAAAUCAAUUUCUCCAGUUGCAAAGUCUAUUAACUAGAAGCAACGCGUUUAAGGUUAACAUUCAAAUGAAACGUGCAAUUCGCAGAUAACACGGGGAGAGUCUCGCUCGAUAAUGGGGCCCAUUAGGAUCUUGAUAGAAUUUAUUUCGUAAAAAAUUGAAAAAGAGAAACUGUCGAUUUGAAAUUUAAUCAAAACAUAUAAUCCACGUGAAACCGAAACUGUUUCCACCAGCCAUGCCAGGCUUCCGAGCUUAUUAUAACGGCUUUUUAGCGUAUCUUGGAUUUAAUAUAAUUAUUUCUCGUCGCACGACUUUUGUUUCUCUUUUUCCACCGUUGCACAAGGAUAACCGGGAGCAUGAGAUAUUCCGAAGAUCAGAGCGUCAUUCAAGUUUCUAACGUUCCUCCGACCUCGAGUCGGCGAUUCUUUGAUUCUGUCUGUAUAUGCGGCAUAUUUAUACAAGUACGGCGAUGUAGUAAAUUUCACCAUCUAUGAAUAAACACGUAAGAUAUAGCAGCGGAAA